UGGUACGUUGACAUGCAGCCUGCUAUUUGCAGCUCCUACUAGCAACAUACACACAGGGCCUCAGAUCAGUUUACUUUUUAAAUCUAAUUUUUGCAUAAAGUUAUUUUCUUUAAUGGCUUUAUGUAGCUAUAGGAUAUUUUUCCAGCACAAAAUUCUUUAGAUACAAAUAAAUUACUGCUUGAAUUAGAUGCUUAGAAGCAUCAAAGAAGCUUUUUAAAUGAUGUAAUGAAAAUGGAUGGUAUUCAUAUAUCUACAUUUUUUAUCUAUAGGUUCAAUUUAAGGUAUAGAGACACACCCCAGAAUCCAAAAACCACUUUAGGCUGAAUUUUGUGACACCCCCUGCCCUCUCUUUGAAUAGUGUGUCAUGUCAUGGCAAAAAACUUGCUUUUGAAUAAAUUUCAAAGAGGUUGAUUUCAUAUUGUAAGCUACCUUGGAUAAACCUAUGUCUUGAAAGGUGGCAAAGGGAUAUAUUAAAUGAUUUUUCUGUGUGGCAUGGGGUGUUGCUAUUUGUGGACCCAAAGCAUGCAGAAUUUGUCCCAUGAUUCACUGAAUCCUGGACAUAUGGUUGAGUCUCAAAUUAAGGCACAAAGGGACCAAAAUAUCAACCAGGGAUUGGCAUUUUACUCCAUAGUUGCCCUGUUCUCUAGUAGGAUGUCUUUGAAACGCCUACUAUUGGCUACUGUUGGAAUGGGUUAUGACAAAGAAUGGCUGUUCUUGUGUUCUUUUGCAGAGAGGCCCUGGAUGAAUGGCAUCAGAGGAACUACCAGACAAGAAUUUAGGAGACUCACUGGGUGUUGGGAUAGAAUAGAAUAGGCCUACAGUAUGCAGCCUUUCUCCCGGACAACAGCAAAAAUCAAGGACUGGGAGACAGAAACUCAUGACUGGUAUUGUUUUGAAUGCCAUUUGCCUGGAGAGGUGUUGAUAUGUGACCUGUGUUUUCGUGUAUAUCAUUCCAAGUGUUUAUCUGAUGAGUUCAGGCUUAGAGACAGCAGUAGUCACUGGCAAUGCCCAGUUUGCAGGAGCAUUAAGAAGAAGAAUACAAGCAAGCAAGAGAUGAGCACAUAUUUGCGCUUCAUUGUCUCUCGUAUGAAGGAACGAGCUAUUGAUCUAAACAAGAAAGGAAAGGACAGCAAACACCCCAUGUAUCGUAGACUGGUACACACAGCCGUUGAUGUUCCAACUAUACAAGAGAAAGUAAAUGAAGGAAAGUACAGGAGUUAUGAGGAGUUCAAAGCUGAUGCUCAGUUGCUUGUACACAACACAGUGAUUUUUUAUGGAGUGGACAGUGAGCAAGCUGAUAUAGCCAGGAUGCUUUACAAAGAUACCUGUCAUGAGUUGGAUGAACUUCAGCUUUGCAAGAACUGUUUUUAUUUAUCAAAUGCACGUCCAGACAAUUGGUUCUGCUAUCCUUGCAUACCCAAUCAUGAGCUGGUUUGGGCUAAAAUGAAAGGGUUCGGAUUCUGGCCUGCCAAAGUCAUGCAAAAAGAGGACAAUCAGGUUGAUGUUCGCUUUUUUGGCCAUCACCACCAAAGGGCCUGGAUCCCCUCAGAAAACAUUCAAGACAUCACAGUUAAUAUACAUCGACUGCAUGUAAAGCGCAGCAUGGGCUGGAAAAAAGCAUGUGAUGAACUAGAACUACACCAACGUUUCCUUCGGGAUGGCAGGUUCUGGAAAUCAAAGAAUGAGGAUAAAGGAGAGGAGGAAGCAGAAUCUAGCAUCUCUUCCACUAGCAAUGAACAGCUAAAGGUUACUCAGGAACCAAGAGCAAAGAAGGGAAGACGUAAUCAAAGUGUGGAACCCAAAAAGGAAGAGCCAGAGCCUGAAACUGAAGCAGUUAGCUCAAGCCAGGAAAUUCCCACAAUGCCUCAACCCAUUGAAAAAGUUUCAGUCUCAACCCAAACCAAGAAAUUAAGUGCCUCUUCUCCAAAAAUGCUGCAUCGUAGCACCCAGACCAAUAAUGAUGGAGUGUGUCAAAACAUGUGCCAUGACAAAUACACCAAAAUCUUCAGCGACUUCAAAGAAAGAAUCAAGGCUGAUCAUAAGAGGGAGACUGAGAGGGUUGUACGAGAAGCUAUAGAAAAGCUCCGUACAGAAAUGGAAGAGGAAAAAAGGCAGGCUGUGAACAAAGCUGUGGCAAAUAUGCAGACAGAGUGUGACAGGAAAACAAAACAGGUGAAGGAGAAGUGCAAAGAGGAAUUUUUAGAAGAAGUUAAGAAGCUAGCCAGCCAGCACAAGCAGCUGAUUUCCCAGACCAAGAAGAAGCAGUGGUGCUACAACUGUGAAGAAGAGGCCAUGUAUCACUGCUGCUGGAACACUUCCUACUGCUCCAUCAAGUGUCAGCAGGAACACUGGCAUGCUGAGCACAAACGCACUUGCCGCCGAAAAAGAUGAAAGCUUCCUUUCCCCCCCCCGGGAAGGAAUCGCCCUGAUUUAGUGCUAUCCUCUGACACAGCAGGUUUCUUUGGGCGGGGCGGGGUGUUUUUAAAGUUUGUUUCCAAGGGAUUAGAAUUAUUAGAAUUCACUCCCUGAUUUCGUUGUUGUUGGGUUUUUUUCUUUUUUUUGCACCAGCCUUUAAAACACGUUUUCAUAAAUAUCUUUUGCACAGUUAAAUUUCAGUCUUUUUUUAAUGCUCCACUCAAUUUGUUCUCUCCCCCACCCUUGGUUUUUGUUUUUUUAGUGACAGUAAGGCAAUUUGAAUCUCUGCUGGAGCACAUUACUUUUUGGUAAAUUUAACCUAGGAAAUUUUUUGAGUUUUCAGCAAAUUUUUUAAAAAAGUGAAGUUUUUAGGUUUCAUAGAGACUAAAAAAUAUAAUGACAGGAACAUUUUAAAGAGAUUUGAAUGUAAGAUGUUUAAAACUGUUUAGAAAAGAAGAAAAAAAGCAUACUACCUGGAUGUAACACCUACCUGUUAAUCACAUGAGCUGGUUUUGUUCAGCUUAAUUUACCUUUUAAAGGCAUUAUCUAUUGGUUUAUACCAGUGGGUAUACGAUUGAAUUUUGGGAACAGGGUUGACACAGCAGGUGCUCGUCCUGCAUAUUUUUUCUUAAACUUUUUUUCCCAAUUGUGUUUGUUUCAUUAUUAUUUUUUUCAAUAUAUAGCUUUUAUAACAAAAAAUAUUAGCUUUGAUCUUAUUGCUUAAAAUUCACGGGGGACUGGGGUAGCCUUUUGCUGAGCCGGAUCUUAGAGGAAAAAUAUUUAAAUUUUAAAUUUACAUUUUUGCACAUUUCAUCCUUCUUCUAACAUGAUGAAAAUGCUUGUUUUAAAAAAGCCAAAACAAAAAUACCCAAUUUUACAUUUAGACAUAUAUGGAGCUAUAAGGAUGAGGCAUAAGAAGAAAACAGGCUUAAACAUUUGUUCUCUUACAGCCCCCUCCCCUUCCAUAAGAAAUGUAAUUUGAUUGACCAUUAAUCUACAUUGCUUAUUCAACAGUAAAUUAAUUAAAGUUGGGGGAUCGGGAAGCACUUAAGUUUCACAGAAGCAGUUAUGUCUGUAAUAAUUGGUUAUUGCCAUCUCUAUACUUAGAAUGAAGAAUAAUGCAUGUUAAUUUUCCUGUAUUAAAGAUGCUGUGAUUUGUAAAAAGUCUGUCUUUUGCGGAAUGUCUGGAUAAAGAAGCGCUACCAAUAGGAAUGGAUCGAUAGUUAAAAACUGAUUUCCCACCCUCCUUCUUUCCUUCCUCUUGUUUAUUUUAUGUAUAGGUAUAUAUAUAAAUUGCAUCCAUGUUCAGAGACAAUUUUUAAUAAUAGUUGUAAAGUUUAUUUAACCCACUUUUUUCUUUUAAAGCACCUCACAAUUUUAAGGUGGUCUUAGACAACUAAUGCCUGUUAAUCAUUUAGCCAUUUUUCAACUUAGAAAAAUAAUUUGUAAAUAUUUAUUUAGACCUUGGAUAUUUAUUGAAAGCGAUAACACAAUGGAAUAAUGGGAAUGAAAGAACUGGGAGGAAAGGCUUUUUAAGGGUUUUUUAAAAGUUUGUCUGGAUUUUGUCCGGGUCAUAGUGAAGAUUAAGCUCAUACUAAGCUUCUGUGAUCUGUCAGUGCUGUCCAGAUCAUAAGCACGCAAUGGUGAUUGGAACAGAGUAGAUGCUACCAGAUAAUUUCCAGGACAAAUUUCCAAAAUUCAGACCACAGAGUUUUAAUUUAAAUUGGACAUGGUAAUAAGAUGGCUACUUUAUCCCUGACCCAGAGAUUUUUUGCACAUGCAAAUAUGCAUAUGGGUCUCUUACAUGCACAAGCUGCCCCAUUCAGUCUGACAGGAAAAGAACAUUCACAUAUGCAUAGGAAAGCACAUGUCUGGUUGCUUCCUCCAUUGAAUUGAAUGGGAAAGCUGUUGCUGGCACAAGAAGCCUGUACAAGCAUCGGAGCUUCUAGGCCCAGAGAAGGAUCCGAGGUAUGAGCAUCUGCUAAAUUUAUCUUGGGACCUACCAUCCUUAAGAAAUUAGUAAUUAGCUUUUGUUGCUCUGUGUUGUGACUGUAAAGGAAUCCAUUAUCCCUACUGCAAGUGCAACAAAGAAUAUACCCUUUGAUUGUUUUACAAUUUCCAAAGCAAAAAACUUCGGUCCAACCCUAUAAAAGCAAGUUUUUGUGAAAACUCUUUUUUUGGUGUAAAAUCAUUCCAGGAUAUGUAAUAUUUAACUGAUAGCUGCAUGAAAGUAAGGUUCGUGUUCUUUUGGCUUUUUUUUUUGUCUCUGUUGACACAGUUGCACAUUUUCAAGUUACUACAGCGUGAAAACUGCGUGUUUUUAAAAAAAUCAACAAAAUAACAACAACAAAAAAAUUGUGGCCUGGUUUUGUAUAAGUUUUAGGGGGAAAUAUCAUUGUUUUAGGAAUCCUGAUUUUAAAAAUACUUUUUUUUCUGCAAAUCAUAAAGCUAUAUUAAAGUGUUGAGCUUAGCCACUAUGCACAUUGUAAUUUACUCAUUGUGGCUGUCCAGUUCUAUGAUGCAUUCUGGCAUUUUGUAAGCUGCUCUGACUAGCAAUAUAUAGAGUCAUUAAAUGUGUUAACAUUGGUUAAUAAAUGUAUUUGAAAAGGCAAAA